AUGGCGGAACCAUCUCCCAACCCAGCACCUGUCCAAAACCCCGACAUCGACCCUGCACUCACAAACGGCCUGGCGCAACCACCCCAACAAGCACCCACAGAACAAGCCGCAGAUGUAGAAAUGACAGAUUCAGGCACAGCACCAGCGCCUCUCACUCAAGACACCCAACAAACCGACAUCCCCUCGCACCAACCAACCGUCCAGACCGUUCCCCCAACACCCUCAACCACCACCCCGGCACCACCAUCCGCCCCCUCCCUCCCCACAGCGCCUACACCCACCCCGGCAUCAUCGCGCAACUCACCGCACCCGACUGCGCAAGCGCCCACGCAACCCAUUCCACACGGUAGCCCGACGAGAGUAUAUCUGAACCAGCAUGUGACGCCGCAUUUGCUGGAGGCGAUGAAACACCUGGCUACGACGGAACCGGAGAAGCCAUUGAAGUGGUUGAGUGAGUUUUUGGCGGGCAAGAGUAGGGAGAUUGAGGGGCCUUGA